UCAAUCAUACAGUAACAAAAAAAAUAUAAAAAUGGAAAUAUUGGUGUAGUUGGAUAUAAAUAAAUAAUGUGGGUUUGUGGAUGGCGUUUGCGUGAGUCCAGAGUCUGUCUGGGUUUGAAGUUAGAAGUUAGAAGUUAGAGGUAUCAGCAGGGCAGUGAGCAAUAGCAUUAAGAAUGGCAAGCGCAAGUGUUGGUGAAGAAGAAGAUAAUAACAAACUGACGCUCUAUUCGUAUUGGAGAAGCAGUUGUUCCUUCCGAGUCCGAAUCGCUCUCAACCUCAAAGGACUCAAAUACCACUACAAGCCCGUCAAUCUGUUGAAGGGAGAACAAUCUCGCCCCGAGUUUCUCCAGCUCAACCCCGUUGGCUUUGUUCCCGUUCUGCUGGAUGGCCACACCGUUCUCUAUGACUCUUUCGCCAUUAUUAUGUAUUUGGAAGAUAAGUAUCCUCACAAUCCUUUGCUCCCUCUUGAUAUUACUAAGAGAACCAUCAAUUUCCAGGCUGCUACUAUUGUCUCCUCAACAAUACAACCUCUUACAAACUUAAAUUUACUGAACUACAUUGGGGAAAAAGUUGGCCCUGAUGAAAAACUUCCUUGGAUCCUAAGUGUAUUUCGAAGAGGCUUUACAGCACUUGAAAAGUUAUUGAAAGACCACACAGGAAGAUAUGCAACUGGAGAUGAAGUUUUCCUGGCAGAUGUAUUUUUAGCACCUCAGUUACAUGCAGCAUUUAAGAGAUACAGCGUUAACAAGGACGAGUUCCCUAUUCUAGCAAGAUUGCACGAGGCAUAUAAUGAGAUCCCUGCAUUCCAGGAGGCUCUGCCAGAGAACCAGCCAGAUGCAGUACACUACUGUAUUCACACUGGAGUAGCUCGUGUUCCUUCCGAGUACGAAUUGCUCUCAACAUCAAAGGUUCUCUUACUCAGUUACUCUUUUGCCAUUAUUAUGAAUUACAUAGGGGAAAAAGUUGGUCCUGAUGAAAAACUUCCCUGGACCCAAAGUGCAAUUAGAAAAGGCUUCACAGCACUUGAAAACCUGUUGAAAGAUCAUGCAAGAAGAUAUGCAACUGGAGAUGAAAUUUACCUGGCUGAUUUGUUUUUAGCACCUCAGAUAGAUGCAGCAAUUAAUAUAUUCAAAGUUGACAUGAAGGAAUUCCCUACUCUAUCAAGAUUACAUGAAACAUAUAAUGAGAUCCCAGCAUUUCGUGAGGCUUUGCCAGAGAACCAGCCAGAUGCAGUACACUAGUUGGACCUAAUUUGGGACUGAAAUGUGACCUGAUAGUUGGAGAAAUUGCACCAGGAGCUUUGAGUUUGUUGUUAAACUAUAAAAAGAUACUCAAUAUAGCAAUAAGGUUGCAUGUAAUGUUUAUUGCAAAAAUCAUGUACAGUUGAAAAAUUAUCGCUUUGGGUUGUUACUCUCUACAAAGCGUCAUGUUUAGUGUCCAUUUCACAUUCUCGGUUAAUAUAGCUUGAUGGAUGGUACUGUGUAUUUAGAAAUGUCUUUAAUAGUAAAGAAUGCACAUAGCCUUAGUAUAUGA